AUGUGGCCAGUGCCAGUGGCAGGAUCAGUGAUCCAGUCAGCUUCACCUCUAAGGAAUCGGGGCUUCACACGAUAUGGAAGAGUGCUAGCUGGCGUGCUACAUCUGAGAAGGGGAAGUGACCUUGCUUCACAACACAGCAUCCUCGAAUCAGGUUUUGCUUCUCAAGGAUCAGUUGGAAUCUCACCCAAAAAGGAAUACACUUGCAGAGAACAGUCUCAGUCUUCUGCUCCCAAGUCACCAGGAUCCCAGGUUGGCCUUUCCGGAUUCCGCAGACCUUCCAAAUCACAGAAGCAAUCCAUGCUUAAGCAGGUUUCUCCUCACUCCUUCCCACAGUCUCGAGCUUCAGUGGGAGCAGGACCUUCUCAGCCAUUUGCCGUGUCUGAGGCAGCACGUCCCUCCACUCCUAGAACAUCAUUAGAAUGUGAACCUGAACCUGUGAAACUACAAAGGAGCAAAACAUCCAGAUCUUUGGUACAAACCCUAGCCACUACACUCUCACAAGAGGACAGCUCAGAGACUCACAAGGAGAAGGAGUCUCCUGCCAAAUCUCUGGACAGAAGUCCUGGCCCAUCAAAGCCAGUCAAGCCUUCAUCACAACAAGGAAGAAAAGGCCCAGCUUCCCAGAGCCCUUCCACAAAGCAGAGUCGGCCUGCAUCCGGAGGUGUUUCAACAAAAGCACCAGCAGCCAGUCCGGCCCCCAAAUCCCGUGCCUUAGAGGCGGCGGGUCCGUCAGAUGCAUAUGAUGUUUCAGAGGCUGCUGGACCUUCUGAAGUGGGUGCCAAGUCAAUGGCAGCUGGCCCAUCCAGACCAACCAGUCAGCCAGCUCAAAUGACUUCUGAGAAACCUGCAGCCGCAGUUGCUCCUUCUGAGCCAGGGAGUUGGGGCCAGGAAAGUGCCGCACAUUCACAGACAACAAAUGUGAAAUCCCAGGAGCCUAGCAAGGCACAGAGUAGCAGGCCCCAGACAUCUUCAAGCCGCUCCCCAAAGAAGGGGCGCUCCACUUCUUGGAGCCCAUCACGGAAGGAAAAGAAGUCUGGGCUACAAGUCCACAGGACAACAGCAUCAGUAGCAGUGGGGCCUUCUCAACAAGGCUGGAAGACUGUGGGUGUGGGGCCCUCCAUGGUGGUUGGCCUGAUUACAAGCAGGCCCCAGAGUGGAGCACUGGGAACAGAUAAAGAAAGUAAAGAUCUAGCCAAGCAGAUCCAGCCAAGCAGUGCUGCAGGGAAACAGGAACCCCCCAGGAGCCAGAUGUCCAAGAACAAACUGAAAAAGGCUCUGAGUUCAGCUCGACAAAGAAGCAGCCUUACUUUUGUAACCAUCUAUAGUGUCCUGUCCUCAUCUAUGGAGAAACUGAAACUGUCAAAAAGCAGGGAAGAUUCUAAGCAGGUGGCUGUGAAGCCUUCCAAACGUGUAACAAUCUCAGGCGUGAUUGGCCCAUCAGGGAAAAGUGUCCCGGAGGAGAAGAAGGAGGAAGAAGAGGCAGGGAAUCCUGAGCUCCACACAGUUGACAAUCUGAGGAUGGAUGCAGGCUCCAGUGCAGCAGCUAUGAUGGGGACAGAUACAGACCGCCCACCCCCACAGUCCCACGCUUCAAUGGGAGAAGGAGCCCCUGAGGCAAAGAGUCCUGCAGUUGGGGUGGCAACUCAGAAGCAGCUGAAUUCUCAAGGCCAGGCAGCCAGAUCAUUGCCAGGGAGCCUGGUGUGGCAAGCGUGACUUCCCAGAAGUCUGACCAGAUCAAGGAUGUGGGACAGCCCAGCACUCCCCGCCUGGAGGAUCAGGGUUGCCAGGUCUCCGGUUUCCUGCCGGAGUCUCAGGGAAAAAGGGGCCGUCUCCGGCCUCCGGCUAUACGUUUAAAAAGGUGGAUCUCCGGCUUUUCAGUGGCCCCCUCAGCCACGCAUGCGUGAUUAACACACACAUACGUUGGGCUGUGGCUGGCCGCCUUCCCGCCCUUUCUCAGUCAGCCGGGGACUGCAGACAC